UCAGAAUCCCCAAAAUAAGUAGGAACGGGCAGCGUCUGCUUGCAUUCAGCACACCUUUUCCAUUUGCUAAUCAGGCCUGGCCAGGCUGGGAGGAAUCACACCCCGCCUUACCCUGGAGAGAGAAGCCACCGACACCAUCCCUGGGCACCAUGCGGCUGCUUCCAGCGACUGCUCUUCUCUUCCUUCUGUCCAACAGUGUCUGCGGCAGUGAGGAUGGCCCAGCUGUUGAAAAUAAUUCUACUCCAUCACCGCCAAAAUCUUCUACAAUAAAAGCAUCUGUCACAACACCAGGCACCGUUCCAGUAUUAAAUCUUGUUACCAAACCAACAGCUGGGACACCUCCUAAAGGAACAACUAACAGUGAAUUAUCCACGUCUUUGGUGCCAGCACUUACUUCACCGACAACAGCAAAACAUGAAGGAAUAACAACUCAAGUUGCCAUGAAGAACAAUGUCCUCAAUACGAACGCAACAGUGCCAAACCUUCCAGUUUCAAAUGCUACUUUAACAGUACCAACUUCUCAGCACAAAACUGAGAAUCAGAGUUCAAUCAAAACAACAAAAACAUCAGUCAUCACUCAGCUGCCAGAUGCCUUGCCAAAAACCACUGUGUCACUCUCCGCAUCACCAACAACUGCAAUAAUCUUCUCACAGCCUCAAGACACUGAUGAUGGGAAGAUUACAGCUACUCCAUCAACCACCCCCUCUUAUUCCAGUAUUAUUUUGCCCGUGGUUAUUGCCCUGAUUGUUAUGACACUCUUGGUGUUCACUCUGGUGGGUUUGUAUCGACUGUGCUGGAAGAGAGAUCCAGGCACACAGGAAAACGGAAAUGAUCAGCCUCAGUCUGAUAAAGAGAGUGUGAAGCUGCUCACUGUUAAAACCAUCUCUCAUGAGUCUGGCGAGCACUUGGCACAGGGGAAAACCAAGAACUGACAGUGUGAUGGACCCUCCCUACACCUGAGCAAUAAAUAUGCUUAAUCUUCAGCUUCUGAAUUCCAAGGGUGGAAAGGAGAAAAAGUCCCGAGGAACCAAUCCCAACUUCCAAUCUCCUCACCAGGCUACACCAGCUGCCUGUCCCAGCAAAGAAAUGACAUACCAUAACCUGAUAGAAUCAUGCAGAGUUCUGGAGAUACCCUGUCUGAGAUGCAGAAAGUCAAAUGACUCCAGUUUUCAGGGCCAUUUCUAUGAGGAACUGUGACCCCUCAGCCCAGACAGGUGGGCUCCCAGAAGACAUUCUAUAGCUGAGUUUAGAGUUUCCAGGUAGGGUCCACAGCCUGAUCCGUGGAGACUUGCCUGUUUUCUUUGUGUUCUUAUGUUAGUUAGUGUUAGUAUUUAUUGUUUCCCACUAUGUUAAUGAAGGGAGAUUUUGCAAGUGUGUUAUUAAAUGUUAAGUAGAAAUCAUACCAUGUUUCUCUGUAGAGGCAGGUAUGCCAUUCAUGUUUUACACUGUUACUUUUAAUAAAUAAUGGCUGUACUCAGCAUGCUAAACAUUA